AUGGAUAAUCUAGACGAUGGGAAUUUAGAUUUAUCACCUGAAAAGAGAUCCGCCAGCGAUGACAUAGAUUCAUGUUCAGUUUCUGAUGACGAAGAAGAAGAUGGAGAACAACCAGACAAGACAGUUGUUCAACAUGAAGUAUCAUCUCCAACCACAUCUUCUUCAGUAUCUCCAAUAAAUUCAAGUAAUCAACAUUAUAAGUCUUUAAUAGAUUCUGGCUCUACACAAGCACCAAGAUUAGCGUCAAAUGCUACAGUAAUAAGGAGUCCCAAAACACGUCCUCCACCAGCACCUCCAACUACUUCAACCACUGCUCAUAAUCAAACAGCUGCUAUAACUCCACUUAUGCAAAAUUCUAAUAAAUUUGGUCAGUCAUCUCAAUUGGAAAAUUUGGGUAUGGGAUUAGUUAAUGGUUCUGCAAAUUCAAAUGAAACCAAGAAAAAGAGAAAAAGUGGUAGUCGUAAAGUUCGUGAUGUUUUAUCUUCAAUGUUUGGUAAAAAUAGAUCAUCAUCAGGUUCUAUGGGUUCAACUCCAAGUACAUCAAGUCCAGAAAUUAAUAUUAAAAUCAGUACUCCAUUCAAUGCUAAACAUGUUGCCCAUGUAGGUGUAGAUGAUAAUGGUUCUUAUACCGGAUUGCCUAUAGAAUGGGAAAGAUUAUUAUCUGCAAGUGGUAUUUCAAAGACUGAACAAGAACAACAUCCGCAAGCUGUUAUGGAUAUUGUUGCAUUUUAUCAAGAUAAUAAUGAAAAUGGUGAUGAUUAUGCAUUUAAGAAAUUUAGAUUUGAUGGUGAUAAGAAUGAAUCUUGGUCUUCCAAUCCUGAUACUCCAGUUUCACCAGUUAAGACUACAUUUUCAAGUGAAAGUCCAGAAGGAAGUAGGACUCAUAGUUCUUCAUUCACUUUAGAUGAUAAACCACCAGCAUCAACAUCUUCAUUACAACCUUCAGCUAUACCGAAAACCCCAACUUCUCAUUAUGAAACUCAAUUUAUUCCAAGUAGACCAGCACCAAAACCGCCUUCUACUCCAACGUUGAAACCUUCACAUCCAGGAGGUUCAAGUCCAAAUGCUCAACAAAAUUCUCAAUCGGCAUCAUAUGCAUCACAAUCAUCAGCAACUGGAUCAUCCAUGAAAUUAGUAGGACGUUCAAUAUCUGCAAUUUCUUUAAGAAGAAAGAGUGAAAAGGGAAUCCAUGCUCCAUCAGCUCCAAUACCUCCAUUACCUAAGAUUCCUAAAUCAAAAUCCCAUUCUUCAUCAUUAGCAAGUCAUAUAGCUAAACCUUUCACUGGACCAACUACUGCACCAAUCAGUUCGACUGCAAGAUUUGAUUCAGGGCAGCAACAACAACAACAACAACCAUUACCUAGGCAGAGAGGGAAGGAUGAGUUUAAGGCUCAUCGUGCCCCACCUCCACCACCAAUAUCAAUAAAUAAGUCACAGGUAGAUGCCGUUAAUCUUGCCGCCCCACCUCCACCACCACCUCCUCCUUCACAUGGAGUGAUAGCGCAACAAUCAUCAGAAGGCAAUGUUGUAGUUGUUGAUGAAGCUAGUGAUGUCCCACCACGUUCGAUUCCACAACAGGCAUUGGCUGAUAUAACCGGUUCAACCACUGAACAAUUCGAGAAAACCCAACUACAACAACAACAACAACCGCCACCAGCAAGAAAACAACUGCAGACAGCAGUACGUGAUGCCAAACAAGCCGCUAUUCUUUCUCAACGUAAACGAGAAGAAAAAAGACGUAAGAAUCAACAAAUCAUAUCCAAAUUACAAAGUAUCUGUAGUCCAGGAGAUCCAAAUGAAUUCUAUACCGAUUUGGUCAAGAUUGGACAAGGUGCAAGUGGAGGUGUUUAUAUUGCUCGUGAUAAAGUGAAUAAAGGUAGUGUAGCCAUAAAACAAAUGAAUUUAGAACAACAACCUAAGAAAGAAUUAAUCAUAAAUGAGAUAUUGGUGAUGAAGGGCAGUAAACAUCCAAAUAUUGUUAAUUUUAUUGAUUCAUAUUUGUUAAGAGGUGAUUUAUGGGUGGUUAUGGAAUAUAUGGAAGGUGGAUCAUUGACUGAGAUUGUGACUCAUAGUGUUAUGACAGAAGGACAAAUUGGGGCUGUUUGUAGAGAGACUUUGAAAGGUUUGAAAUUCUUACAUUCAAAGGGGGUCAUUCAUCGUGAUAUAAAAUCAGAUAAUAUCUUAUUGGAUAUAAAUGGAAAUAUCAAAAUGACUGAUUUUGGAUUCUGUGCUCAAAUCAAUGAAUGGAAUGUUAAGAGAACCACCAUGGUGGGUACUCCUUAUUGGAUGGCACCUGAAGUUGUAUCAAGAAAGGAAUACGGUCCAAAAGUUGACAUUUGGUCUUUGGGUAUUAUGACUAUUGAAAUGAUUGAAGGUGAACCUCCAUAUUUGAAUGAAACUCCUUUGAGAGCAUUAUAUUUGAUUGCAACCAAUGGAACACCUACAUUAAAAGAACCAGAAGCUUUGAGUUAUGAUAUUAGGAAGUUUUUGAAUUGGUGUUUACAAGUUGAUUGUAAUAAGCGUGCAAGUGCCGAUGAAUUGUUACAUGAUAAGUUUAUUUUGGAAAGUGAUGAUUGUAGUUCUUUGAGUCCAUUAGUUAAGAUUGCAAGAAUGAAACAAGCUAAUGAAGGUCAGGAUGAAGAGUUGUAA